ACGGACGGUACUACCGAUGAUGGAGUUCAGACCUCGCAAUUACGCUGCCGAGAAACAAUCCCACGCGCUUCCUCGCUCACGCGCCGACUACCACCCUCUCUCCGCUUCACCGUCUCUACCUCAUCUCCAGGUUGAGGGGGCUGAUGAUGGCGAAACGGACUAUCUUGACCCGCUGAGGAGGUCAGAUAACAAUACAGCAGGUUCUAUAGAGGAUUUGGAAGGUGUUGAAGAUGGUUUUGCUUUGGAAAUGUCCGGUGAGGCGUCUGUUGAAAAUCCAGAGAAAGAGUGGGUUUCUUUUUAGAGGUCACUCAUGCAGCGGUUUCCGGUCUCCAAAACGGUGUUGGCUUCUUCGAUGACUGAUGUGAUGGUGAAAGGCCGGAGAACUUAUGAUAAAUCAUCAACAAAUAUGCAUUUGGAGGAACUGGAAGACCCAGAAAAAUUUGCAGAAGAGGGUGGCAAAGUCAUCACAGGACAGGAAUAUGUUUCCCGGUUACAUGAGCUCAAAACUGAAAUAAACCACAGCUGGCAUGCCGAUGAUCGUGUGACAUCUCUGAAAUUAUCAAUAAAAGUAGCUAAGCUUUUGAUGGAUACAUCUAUUUUACAAUGUUAUCCUACACUUUUUGCUCUUGCUACGGAUAUUAUGGAUAUGCUUGGGGAUAUGGUAUGGGAACGCAUCAAGUUGAAAGCUGAACUAGCUGAAGAUAGAAUCAGACUCUGCUUCUUACCAGAAAACUUCACAGCGAGUGAUAUUUGCUCCGAUGCUAAAGAAACUUGCAAUAAUUGGUUCAGCAAAAUUGGUGCAAUCCAAGAGCUUCUUCCACGUAUUUAUUUGGAGCUAGCACUAUUGCCCUGUUGGCAUUUCUUGCAUGAUCGACCUCUAGGCUGUCUCCAACGCUUGGUAAUGAUGAUAAGAGGGUUAGCAGAUCCAUUGGCAUCUGCCUACUGUUGCUUGUAUAUGGCCCACUGUCUUAGAAAGUUGCACUCCCAUGAUAUAGGAUGUCUGCUCAGCUGUGUUAAUGACUUCAAAAUUCUGUUGCUGCGGGUGAAAUCGGCAAAGGAAGCAGUUCACGGGAACUUGACUGAUAACAAAAGAUUGCUUAUCAGUCUGAUGGAACCAACCAUUGAUUAUAUCAUGAAAUGCAUAUUUAAAAACGUUUCUGAGAGACAAGUAAAUGAUGUGUUACUGGAACUUGGGCUGGCAACUAAUCAAGUGGAGCUGCGUGGAAGGUUCCCAUGCCCCUCACUUAUCCUCCAUCAUCUGGUCAAGCAACUUCCAUUCCAAGUAGUUUGCUCACAUGUUAUGGAGAUCCUUCAACUCAUUGAGUCCAGCAAUGAUGAUUCCUAUGAUCAGUGCUUGAAUUACAGGUUACUUGGAUUUAGGCUGUGUGAAAGUAAAUAUGAAACGGGCACUGUCAAUGCUGUGGUGGACAAAGUCCUUCAGAUAAUUACUCAAUAUGGAGGCCUUGAUGAGUACUUGAAGGUUGUGGAUGCUUAUGUGGAUAUUUUCCUUCAAAAUCAUAUGGUUGACCACCUGAUAUCCAUUUUGGAAGGUAUCUCAAACUGAGCAUGCAGUCAAGGGAUUGCUGAAGAUGAACUGGCAACCUUUCAGUCCAUCCUGGUGAAGCAUCUUUCUUAUUACAAGGAUUUAGAAGACAUAAUUGCUAUGACCCCUUUUCUGAAGAUCUUGGAUUUAAUGUAUGGAAGUUCACAGAGCAUCAUCAAUAUGCAGAUCCUUGACAUAGGGAUAAGGAAUGGUUGGUUACGUGAUCCGACAAUUAUACAAUUUCUUUUUGAAAUUUCUCAGGCUCUACAUGAUGAUGAAAUAUAUGCAAAUGUAAAAGAUGAUUCUAACCAACCAGCACGAUUAAUUUCUUCUUUUGUCUCACUGGUUGAUUAUGGGGAAGAGAUGGAAAGUCAUUUGACCUUCUUAAUUGAAUGCCGUGCAGCUUUUGGUAGCAUACAUUGGCUUAAGGAAACUCUUGUUCGCUCGAGUAAUUGUUUAGCAAUUAAGGCUUUGAAAGAUGGGAACAGACAUAUCAGUUUUAUUAAAUCAUGUGUAGCGUUUUCUGAAGUCACAUUACCUUCUAUUUCAUCUCAGACUAAGCAGUUAAAUCUGUAUUUGGAGACUGCUGAGGUAGCCUUGCUUGCUGGUCUAGUUUCUCAUUCUGAUGGACUAAUUGACUCAGCAAUGAACUCUUUGCAAAUUUUGGAAGCGAUUGAUGGACCCAGAACUCCAAUUGAUGCUGAUGGAAUACUCUCCUCAAUUCAAAAGUUGCUCAGCCUCUUGGUUAUGGUUCCAGGUAACCCGGAGUUUGGAGUUACUUUCUACCCAAAGAACUUGGUUUUGCUUGUGAAUUCCCAGCCAUGGGUGACAUCAAGGAUGAGAGUGAAGAUUUUUUGUGCAGUUGUUUCUCUGUUAGCGGUACUAUCUCAACAAGAUUUGCCUUAUCAUGCGGAUAAGGGAAAGCAUCUAGGAAACGACAAACUGUUCUUUGGUCAUUUGUCGUAUGUAAGUGAGCUUGCCUUGAUGUGCAAGUUUGUCCUUCAGAGCCUGGUUGAUACUAUUGAACAAGAACCUUCCAAGGCUGCUCGUGGAAGUAUGGCGCUUGAAGCUUGCAACUGCAUUGCAUCAUCCUUAAUUCCAUGUCAGGAAUAUCGUCAAUUUGCUCAAAUCUGAUAGAAACCGGGAAGUCUUGUAUGGGAACCAGUCACCCGUACCUGCUAUCAACAAUCAAAUUUAUGGAUCGUUUACCCCAUUCAUCUGUAGCAUUGUGAUAACAUGUGAAUAUGUUCAAUUUGUUUUGGAUUACAAAUGGCUUAGGGAAUAUUUACUUUAUUUCAUUAGGUAGUGUAUAGGUUAGUUACAUUGCAGGAACACAGUAUAGUUUGAUUUGGAACCACAGAAUUUUCUGUUUUCGCCCUCUUUAUACACGAGUUUCCUAC